AUGGGAGCUACACCAGAACUACCCAACCUCAACCUAGACCCGGCAUCUGAAUACCGCGCCUGGCAAGCACUCUCAGUCUACUUCACCGUCCUCCUCAAUCGUCAAAUCCGUCGCCGCUGGCAACUUGAGCACGAAUGCAUGCAGGACAGGCCCGUCGCUCAAUGGUUCAGACCAGUCAUCUUCCUUGAGCCAGUUCCACAACUACACAGACCACAGCUACCAACCGUCUGCCCGUUGACGAUGGCGAACCUCAAAACCAAAGUGCAUCUUCUUCGCGGGCGGGUUGAGAAAGGGAAAGAACUUGCUUCUCAGAUUGAGCGGAGGAUGCUGGAUUCUAAAGUCGAUUUUCCGACACAUUUCUGCCAUACUUGUGUUGUUGGGUGUGAGUCGGAGUCGGAGAUUUUGCUUACGAAGUGUGGGCAUCGGGUCUGCAGGACUUGUCUUUCUUUUGGUGUUGAUGAAUGUGGAGUUUAUGAGUGCAGUAUCUGUUUUGUGCCGACUUCCUUUGUGGCUAAGUCUCCUUUGUCGAUCCCACGCCGGGCUAAGUCGGAGGAGUUGGCUCCUGUUGGGCAUAAAGAUGGUCAGAAGAGGGUUUCUUUUGGGACAUUUGACUGA